AUGAGGAAAGAGAUGGAGAAUUAUCUCUUCCCUCAGGAAUUCUUUAUUGAUGGUUGGCUGAGCUCCAGUCCCACUAUCUGGGCAGUUAAUUCCAUCCUUGCCUUCGUAUGUGGACUGGGGCUCUUUGUCUUCUUACUUUCCUAUUUCCAUCCUGAUCCGUCCUCACUACCAGGCAAGAAACACAGGAAGAGCAGGAAGUACCAAGCAGAGCCAUGGAGAAGGAGCAAUAGAAGCCAGAAAAGCCAGACUCUGAAAGUUUUCAGAGAUUGCCUUCAGGAUCUGGAAGAGGUUCAGGACCUGUUCUCCCUUCUGCAAAGCCACCUGGCAAGGCUCUCUGACCAAGGGGGCUUUCACCAGUCCUUACAGCAAGCAUCCCCUGGGCAGAUGCACCGAGGGGUGCCAGCUGGAGCCCGUCAGCCAUGCAGGGAGCCUGUGGAAGAUGCUGCUCCUGCCAUGGCCUCAUCACCUGCUCAUGCUCCACUGACAGGGCCCCCUUGGCCUCUGGUCUCCACCCUGCCAGCGAGACCUCAAGAAGAGCAAACUAACUUAAAAAAAAUCCUACCAGACACAGUGAGAAAGAACUUUCUUCCGGAUGUCAAGAAGCUCCUUGAACUACUAAUCAGCAAAAGGGUAGAACCAAAGAGUUGGAAGGAGAAAGAAAAAGUUGGGUCAGUUUUCAAACAGUGGUGCCCAGACGACCACGUGAGCUUCUGGGGGACUCUGUGGAAGCUGCUGGGUGCUGAGCAGAACAUCACCACCCUGCCAUCCUUCUGGAACAUGAAAAACAAAGCAGAUCCACGUGCCCAACCUCAGCCAUUCUCAUCUCCCAAGGUCUUGGAAGACCACUUGCAAUGGAAACGCAGCCAGCUCUUCUGGGGUCUCCCCUCUCUGCACAGUGAGUCCUUGGUGGCCACUACCUUGUUCUCUACUCACUCUUCUCCACUAGAGUCUCCCUCUGUUUUAUUCAAUGGGACCUCUAAUUGCUUGCCAGUUCUAAACCAGGAUCAAAUAUCUUCACAGUUUUCCCAUGCCCCACCAUUGCUGCACCGUGGGAUCCAACCCAAACCCUCAACGCUAACCUUGCCUCAGCCCCAGGUCCCCCUUGCACCCUCUGUCCCAAUAAGACCACCUUCUCUCCCAUCCCAGAGGAAGACAAGUGGGGUAUCUUGUGCUACAUCCCAGAAUAAGACACGAUCCUUUAUCCCAACUAAAAUGCAACAUCUGGAGUGGCCCUUGUUGCCAAAGCAACAAAGAAGGGGGAAGACUUUACCCACUAUGGAGAAAAGAUCUCCAAAAUUGCCCUUUGUGUUUAAGGGCAAAAGCAGCCAAGCUACAUGGAGGACCAGGUCCAGAUACCACAGGAAGUAUCAAGUAAGAUUCCAACUAGAGAAGAACUUUGGUAAGGGUCUAUGGCAGUGUCUGAAGAGGAUGCCAACAGAUCUCUCCAGGAUCUCAGGUAGGUUCCCAGUGAAGGUUCUGGGAACCAACUCUGAGAAGGAGUUUGGAAGACCCUUGAAAGGGGCCUUGGAGGGUGAUCCAGGAAAAUACUUAGCCAGGGGCCCAGAUAAGAAACAACUAGAAAAAACUUUAAAGGUUCAUUUGCACAAGAAAUUGGGACAGAUCAGUAAAGGUCUGAUCCCUGUGACUGUGCGUCGAUCCUGGUUUGUGGCCAACCAUACUUUUCCCAAGUCCCAACCCCACAUGGCUAUCAGAAAUCUAGCACCCUUGAAGGAUAGGAAGCCCUGCAUAAACACCUCCCAUGAGCUGUCCUUCCUUUGUCCUAACACUCAGCAGAAGCUGGAAACACACAUAGUAAGUUUUCGAGUGAGGCAUAAGUGGGACCUACCUCUCCAAACUGUUGAGCCCAUAGAUCUCAAACUACGUGAAGCUCAACACUUGCCCUUUCCCCAGUACUCCUUUCUGUGCUCAUCCACCUUUGUACCUGGGGCCCCCUCAAAAGCCAAAUUUUACAAGUUCUUGGGGAAACCACCUCAGCCCCAUCCAGGAGAGAAGGGUAUAACUGAAAAGUCUGAUCCCACUUCAGGGAGUCCCCUGCCUGUUUCCUCACCCAUAUGUGAGCAAAUACAGCAGGCCCUGGGAGGGAAUUCACCUGGUGAUGGCCAUCCGUCCUCAGAGACGUCUUUAUCAAGACAGGAGGGCAGAUCACCUUCUCAGGCCUCCAUUCUCAGCCUCCCAAACAGAACCCUGCAGAGCAAGACUGUUAUGGGGGCCAAGGAAGACAACCUCGAACCAAGUCCAAGUUUAGCAAUGGCCAGGAAUGAACUAAAAGAGGAGAAUGGGGGUCAGGCCUUACCAGACAUGGUAGCAACACUGAAGAUGAAGCUCAGGUCCCAAACUCCAAGGUCUGAAGGGGCCACAGAGGUGAUGGAGGCCAAGAAGGCCCCUGCUUGGAAAGUUGUCUUAAGACCCAGUGGGCUGGCCAACAAACCAGCCAUUUAUGUGGAUCUAAGGAGAUCAGGAUAUCCAGGUGCUAGGAAAAGCCCCUCACCAUCUACAGUCAAAGGACUGGAAGGCCCCCUUCAAAAAGGCAAGCCUGCAUCAGCUCCUGCCCAGAGCUGGGUGCCAGUCAGUAGCAGAUCGGUUAUGGACAACAGGGCUGCUGAAACUCAGACAAUCGUGACAGCUGUGGGACAAAUCCUGGUGGAAAAAUUGGGACUCCACCAAGGAAUUCAGGCCUCAGAGAUAUAUCAGCACAAGGAAUUGCAGGCCCCAGUACAUAGGCAUUCUUGCCCCCACAGGGCUUUUGCUUCCACAGACCAGAAGAGAGUGAUGGGAGGGAUAGCCUCCAAUCAGCAAGGUACCCCCAAGGGUCUUAGCUGCCCUAGCAAGAGCCAGCUGACCAGAGACAGGAGUGGCGAAUGGGAAAGCCUCCACAGGGACCUGGGGCCCCCAGGCAGACCCGGCCAGCACCAGCUGAUGGUGGCAGGUGUCUCAGGUCGAGUUCACCAUUAUCCUACAUGCAGUCUUCGAAAAUAUGUCUCAACCUAUCAGGCAGAGAACGCUUCACACAUCUUUCCUGGUCAGAAAGAUUUCCUUCAAGAAAAAAUCGAGUAUAUGCAAAGAAAGCCCAUUUUUUCUCACAUUAGCACAUCCUCUGUGUGCUAA